AGCAGCAGUAGCAGCAGCAUCAGCAUCUAAAGCAGAAGCAGCCCCAAUAGCAGCUUUAAAUCUGUGACACUUCCUUCCGUGACCCGUUGCGUAUACGCACCGUAACCCCAUUGAAAUCCGCAAUCGUAUUCGUACUCGCAUGCCGUCGCGUAAUCCCAAAAACCACUUCAGUGCCAAUUCAAAGAACCAACCAUCAAAGCUAACCAAAGCUAAAGUUAAUAAAAAUUUUUAAAAUUAAUAAAAAUUAGAAAACAAAAAAAACUUGAAACCGUGUUUGAAAUGGAUGUGGCCAAAAUGCAAGCCACUUCCGGUCAGCAUCUGAUGCAUCCGGCCGCACCGCCUGCCCACCAGCAUCACCUGCCCCUGGACUACAGUCUGGGCAACUUUAAGCCGGCCAUCGCGGCAGACUUUCCCGGUCCCUUCCUGACCAACCAGCAGUCGUCCUCGGCCUCUAAUUCCGCCUCUGCAUCCGGUUCAACUCCCGCUUCCGGUACGCCUUCCUCCGUCGCUGCCUCCGUCUCCACAGCCUCGCUGCAGGUGCGUGAUCUAAGUGCCCUGACGGCGAUGGCCACGAUACCCUCACCCACCCAGCUGCUCCACCAGCGGAUGCAUCAGGCACAGAUCUCCGUGGACGCGGCCCUGGGUCACCAUCAGCAGGCACCGCCGCCGCAGCCCCAGCCAACUCAGAAUCCUCCGCAGCCGCAGAUGCCGCCGGGCUCCACGUCGCCGCACGACUAUGCGCCCAUGUCGGCCUUCAAAGCGGUGCUGCCCAAGAAGCGCACUUCCGACGAUGCAUCUCUGGCAUUUAGCAUAAGCAGACUGGUCAAGACUGAACAACUGACGGCCAUGGUGGCCGCUGGCCUCAAGCCACUGGCCCCCUUGGAGGACAACAACAACUCCAUCUCGAUGCUGAGCAAAAACCAUCAACUGCAACAUCACCAGCAACACCAACAACACCAGCAACAUGUUCCACACCACAACGACAACAACAACAGUAGCAACCACCAACGGGUCAAGCCAGCCUUCAUCAGCGCCAGCGAACGUCUGCGAAGACAAUCGAGAUCCCGGUCCAGGUCGAGGUCUCGCAGUCCAUCGCGCUGCUCCUCCCAGAUCGACAUGGAGGAUACGGAGUCGCACCACUCGCACCGCUCGUUGCACUCCCGGUCGAGAUCACGUUCCCGCUCCCAUUCGCGCUCUCGCUCCCACUCCAGCAGCUCUUCCGUGGAGCUGGAGGUGGACUCGCCACCCGGCAGUCCACGCAUCAGUUCGCCCAGCACCGCCUCCGCCUCUGCAUCUGCCUCCGAGCUGUUGAUCACCGCCAAUGGUGGCACCACCAGUAUAGGCUCCAAGAAGUCGGAUCUGUUUUCGGUAUCGGCUCUGCUGCGUAGGGACGAGCCGCCCCAGAGGCGGACGCCACGCAGUCCUCCGCUGAGCCACCUCACCGCCAGCGGCCUGCCCAUGCCCUUCAAUCCCCUGGAGGCCAUGCGCCAGGGCUAUCCGCCCAACUAUGAUGCGGCCAUGUUCCAGCGCCCGCUCUUCUCGCCCGCCCUUCCUUUCUUUGCCGCCGUCGCCUUCCACCAAGGUCAGCAGCAGCAACAACAACAGCAACAGCAGUCCGGACUGGCAGCGGGCUACCAUCCGGACUCGCAGGAAAAUCUCUUCCGACUACGGAGUCUCAUGGUGCCGCUCCAAACCGCCGGACAAAACAACUCUACAGCAGCGGCGGCGGCGGCGGCAGCUGCUGCGGCAGCCGUCGGCGUUGGAGUGGGCGUCGGAGUCGGCGUGCCACCCAACGGCGGGCAUCUGGGUCUGCCACACUCGCCGCACCUGCACCACUUCCACCACAUGGCCGCCAAGUGGCCGGGCCUGCACCAAUUCAGCGACCUGUACUCGUGCAUGAAGUGCGAGAAGAUGUUCUCCACGCCCCACGGCCUCGAGGUGCACUCCCGCCGGACACACCACGGCAAGAAGCCCUACGCCUGCGAGCUGUGCAACAAGACCUUCGGCCACGAGGUCAGCCUCAGCCAGCACAGGGCGGUGCACAACGUGGAGAAGGUGUUCGAGUGCAAGCAGUGUGGCAAGCGUUUCAAGCGCUCCAGCACUCUGUCCACCCACCUGCUCAUCCACAGCGACACGCGGCCUUAUCCAUGCAACUAUUGUGGCAAGCGCUUCCAUCAGAAGAGCGACAUGAAGAAGCACACCUACAUACAUACAGGUGAAAAACCGCACAAGUGCCAGGUGUGUGGCAAGGCCUUCAGCCAGAGCUCCAACCUGAUAACCCACUCCCGCAAGCACACCGGCUACAAGCCCUUCUCCUGCAAACUGUGCCACAAGUCCUUCCAGCGCAAGGUGGACCUGCGCCGCCACAAGGAGACCCAGCACACCGACCUGCGCGUCCACCUGGGCAAAGUGGACUUUAUGUCGGCGGCGGCGGCGGCAGCAGCCUCUGCUGAACUGAGUGCAGUGGCAGCAGCCGGAGCUGGAGCGGGGGCGGGGACGUUACCAGUAGCCGGAGGAGUAUCCCCGGCGAACCAGGCACCCAGUGCGUCGGGCGGAGGGGCUCCCCAGAUGGGCACCCUCAAUUGCCAGAAGGUCUCCCUGCUGGUCUAACAACCCCGACCUAGACCCAGGCCCAGACCCACACUCAGACACCCAAAUCCAAUCCCCAAACCAAACCAAACUGAAAUCCAAAGCAACCGCAAUCAUUGUGCAAUAGAUGGCAAGUGAAAAGCAUCGUCAGGCAUUUUCCAGCUCCGUCUCCCAUUGAAAAUUGCUUGAAAUUAAAUCCAAAGGAGAAUAUUAAAACAAUUUAAAUAACUUUAAGCCAGCCAUAAGCCAGUUAAACCAUAUUUCCAAUGUUGCCAAAAACAUAAUAAAAACUAACAAUGAAAAUACCAAAGAAAUUUUAAGAAUGAAUUAAAUCAAACACUAUAGUCAGUCUCCAACAAUUCUCAUAACAAUUUAAAUAUUAUUGCCAUAUAGCUCGCUGAACUUUUAUUGUAAGGACAUAACAAAGGACAAUUUUCACGUUUUU